AUUCUCCUCGUGAUCCUGCUGAAUUGCACUCGCCGCCUUACUCCAAGUUGUCACUAAGCCAAAUGGAUUCUCUCCCUUUCCAUCUCUCCAUAGCCCACACAUCUGCAGCCAUCGCCAACAGACUACACGCCCUUCUUCACGCCAUAGCUCAAUCUUCCUUCAUCUAUUAUAGAGUAUCUUCUCUGCUAUCCUCUGCCACAAACAGAGCACCUGUUUCCGAGCUUUUGGUGUUUUCUUCUGAACUGAUUCUCUCCUUCCUAUGGCUUCUCAAUCAGGCCUAUCUAUGGCGGCCCAUUUCCCGGACUGUCUUCCCGGAGAGAUUGCCGUCCGACGAAGAGCUUCCGGCCAUCGACGUUUUCGUGGUCACCGCCGAUCCGAGGAAGGAACCGCCGAUGGGGGUUAUGAACACGGUUCUGUCGGCCAUGGCGCUGGACUAUCCGCCGGAAAAGCUGUCGGUGUAUCUCUCCGACGAUGGGGCUUCUCCUCUGACGUAUUUCGCGCUUCAGGAGGUUUGGGUUUUUGCAUGGUCGUGGCUUCCAUUCUGCAGGAGGUAUGGGAUCAAGUGCAGGUGCCCGGAAGCUUAUUUUUCAGAUCCAGAGUAUGAUCCACAGAUUUUUGGUAGCACUGAGUUUUUGGAGGAAAGAGAGAAGAUCAAGAUGAAGUAUGAAUUGUUCAAAGAGGAUCUGACGAGGGCUGCAGAAGAGAAUAAAGGGACAAGCAUUGCCAAUACUCAAAUUCAUCCCCCAGUUGUUAAACUGAUGAAUCAUGAGAUUGCUGAUGAAGCAAACACUGCCAGAGAAGACAUGCCUCUUCUUGUGUACGUUUCUCGGGAGAAGAAACCUCGUCAUCCGCACCAUUUCAAAGCUGGAGCUCUCAAUGUCCUCCUUAGAGUCUCGGGCCUCAUCAGCAACUCUCCCUACAUACUUGUGUUAGAUUGUGAUAUGUACUCCAAUGACCCAUCUUCUGCUCGGCAGGCAAUGUGCUUCCACCUCGAUUCUAAGAUCGCUCCCUCGUUAGCCUUUGUUCAGUUCCCUCAGAAAUUUCACAAUGUCAGUGAGAACGACAUCUAUGGUGGGCAGCUUCGACCCCCAUUUGUGGUGAAGUGGCCUGGAAUGGAUGGACUGAGAGGACCCAUUUUGUCUGGUACAUGCUUUUACAUGAAAAGAAAGGCGUUAUAUGGUGCUGUUAACCAGAAAACUAAGGAUCUCCUUCAACUCAAGCAAUCAUUUGGUACUUCAAACGAGUUCCUUAAUUCGAUUUGUCAAGGCCAUCGACGAACUAUUAUUGAUGGUAAGGAUUCAUCAAGCUCAUUGUUUCGAGAGGCAGUGUCUUUAGCACAUUGCACAUAUGAGAGAGAAACUGAAUGGGGUGAACAGGUUGGUUUCUUGUAUAAUUCUGUAGUAGAAGACUACUUUACUGGUUUCAUCUUGCACUGUAAAGGGUGGACUUCUCUGUUCUGCAAUCCUUCAAGGCCAGCAUUCUUGGGCAGUGCUACUACGAAUUUAAAUGACUUGCUUGUUCAAGGGACAAGAUGGAACACUGGUGUGCUUGAAGUCGGGUUGUCAAAGUUUUGCCCCCUAAUCUACGGACCAUCGAAAAUUUCUAUUCUUGAGACCAUGUGCUAUGCUUCCUAUGCAUUUCAGCCCCUCUAUUUCCUGCCUUUGUGGUGCCUAUCUAUCAUCCCUCAGCUGAACCUCUUGAAUGGCAUCCCCAUUUACCCCAAGGUUUCAAGUACAUGGUUCAUUUUAUUUUCAUUUCUUUGUCUAUCCUCCCUCUUGGAACACCUAGCAGAAAUCAUUUUCACUGGAGGAUCAAUUCGCAUAUGGUGGAAUGAGUUGCGAAUUUGGAUAAUAAAGUCAAUCACAUCCUAUGCUUUUGGAACAGUAGAUGUUUUCUUGAAGUGGGUUGGCCAGAGACAAGCCAGUUUCUUGCCUACUAAUAAAGUUGCAGAUGAAGAACAAAUUAAGCGAUACAAAAAUGACAUAUUUGAUUUUCAAACAUCGGCGAUGUUUCUUGCUCCAUUAGUUACAUUGGUGAUUUUGAACAUCAUUGCUUUCGCUGCGGGAGUUGCUAAAAUGAUGGUUGCUGGAAAUUGGGAUGCGUUGUUUGGACAAGUUCUUCUCUCAUUUUUCAUCCUAGUGGUGAAUUACCCUAUAAUUGAAGGGAUGAUAGUGAGGAAGGACAAUGGGCGCAUUCCACCUUCUGUCACUUUUUUAUCUAUUUUGUAUGCUAUAAUUAUCUUGUCUUUAGGUACUUUUGUUCUCAUGUGGUGAAACGAAAUCAAAAUGAGAUUAGUUUGAAGACUUUUAUAUUCAA